AUGACCACCAUGCCUCAGGACACUGACUCCUUGCGUCAUGCUCCCCGGAAGCGUACACGCACCGGCUGUAUCAACUGCAGUAGACGCAGACGAAAAUGUGACGAGUCCAAGCCAACAUGCACCGGCUGCAGACGGCGCGGAGAGAAGUGCCAAUGGCGUGUACUAGGCUCCUUCCGGGAGGCCAAUAUCAAAGUCCUCGAGCCCGGCCAUCCGUCCAUGAACCAAUCGGUUGGUCGGAAUAGUCGGCAGAGUAAAUUCAAGAUAUUGAAUGUCGACCCUCCUUCGGCCCGAAAAGAGCGUGCUCGUAAAGAGCAGCCGAUGCCCGAGAGGGCGCCAUCCCCUCAACCCCAGCAGGAGGAGGCCUCCGCGCCUUCGCCGCUACCUGUUACUUAUCCGGAUCAGGCUCAGGCUCAAUUACCUCAGGCUGACUUCAAUCAUUGCGAUGAUCCGGGCCUUUCCCCGUCGCUGUCGAGUAAUGCUUCCUUUUACCCGGCUGCGGAGGUCCGCAACCAUGAAGGCGAUGGCGGCCGCAACGAUGAGGCGACUAACGAUCUUCCCAAUCAUAUUGCCCAUAACACUUCACCUAACCACCCAUAUAUGCAUUCCAGUCCUGAAUUUGUUAUAGAUGAGCUCGCUGCAUUACGGAAUUUCUCCAACCAUGCAGCAUCCUUCCCUCAAACUGCCCAGGAGCCUUACCAAGCUAUUACCUCACCUCUCUUCGAUCACAGCGUCUUCUCCGAUCCAGUCAACUUCACUAAUGAUGUCUUUCUGCCUGGAUCCGCCUAUGAGGCGCUUCACACUACGCUGCGGAACCGCCAGCUCUGGACUGCCCGACCGGACAUCCCCAGUCGGUGUAGCUCGCCAGCGUCAGUUCCAGAGUCCGGGGCAGUGACUCCCAAUGAGCUGCAUCCGAGUCAAGUUAGCCACUACUCGAGACCAAGACGCCCGUUUGAACUCUCACCAGCUCGGGAAAAUGUGCUGUGGCAGAACUAUCUCAAUGAGAUUUGUCUAUGGCUUGACAUGUUCGACAACCAUCGUCACUUUGCCUCGACCUACCCUCAAAUGGCCAAGUCAGUGCCACAUCUUCGCUAUUCUAUCUUGGCCUUAUCUGCCCGCCAGAUCGAGCGGAAACAGAACCAGAAGUCCCAGUCAGAAAGCCUUUCCCUGUACCAGGAGGCAAUCCAUCUCCUCCUCCCGGAGCUAGAGAGCAAGACGACACCAGUGAUAGCGUCAUGUGUGAUUCUAUGUGUAUUGGAAAUGCUAAGCUGCAAUCCCAAAGAAUGGCGCCGCCAUCUAGACGGCUGCGCAUAUCUAAUCCAAGCAGCUGAGAUCAACGGAUUCUCUGGGAAAGAAGAACAAGCCCUCUUCUGGUGCUUCGCGCGAAUGGAUGUCUGCGGCGGCCUCAUCUCCGAGGAAGAGACCAUCAUCCCCAUCCACCACUGGAUUCCCAAGAACAUGAGUCCGGCCGAAGCCUCCCAGCACUUCCUCGCCUCCAACAUAUCUGCCUUCGACACCUACGCAAACUACACCGUCUACCUCUGCGCCCAGACCCUCGGCGUUCUCUUCAACCCCUCCUCCCAACUCCCGCCAUCCUGUGUAUCGUGUCAAUACCUCGGCAGUCCCGACGAUCGAGACACGUACGUGCACCGCUGGACGCGUCUUUUCGACAGCGUCGAAGAGUGGUACGAUAACCGGCCGAACCAGAUGAAGUCGAUCUUCGUCAUACCGGCUUCAGCAGGGCCGAUGCCGUUUCCGACGGUUUUGUAUGGGAAUGGAGCUGCUAUCUCUGGCAAUCAAUUGUAUCAUACGUGUGCGUUACUGUUGCUUCAGCGCAAGCCGAAGACUCUUUCUCUCUCCCGACGACCGAAAUCCGUCCUCUGGCACGCUAGACAGAUCUGUGCGAUCUCCGCUUCGAACACUCACCACGGCUGCUGGACAAACGCCCUACAACCACUCUGGCUAGCCGGGAAAGCCAUGUCACACCACUCCGAGCACACAGCCAUCAUCGAAACAUUAACGCGUGUCGAGCGCGAGACCGGCUGGGCGACAGCGUGGAGAGUCGAGGACCUGAAAGACUUCUGGGGCGAGGACGACGACAUGGACGAGAUGGAGCCGAUGCGGGUCGACGUGGAGGGGGAUGUGAGUCUGCAGACUCCGCGGAGCAUCCGGAGCCAUUAG